ACUCCUUCCACAGCUGGUAUUUGGUGGAGUGCGCUUCUAAGGCCCAGCUCAGACCCUCCUAUAAAUGAAUCACUAGUGCUGAGAUUGAAUAAAAAGUAAAAUACUUGGGUGUUAAUCUGACAAAUAUGAACUGUACAUUGUUUCGAAAAAUUAUGUUAAGCUAUGGGUUGAAGUUUGAUAAAGAUAUGUUAAAGAGAGAAAGACUACAAUUGCUGGGGAGAAUUUCUAUGAUGAAGAUGACAUUUAUCUUUGAAUAUUAUUUUUGUCCCAGACCAAACUUGUUCUCACAAGUCAUGUAGCAUUUAAAGAAUAGAAGAAAAGCAUAUCAAAAUUGAUACCUUAGGGUAAAAAACCUGGAGUUAAAUACAACAUGUCACUAGAUGCUAAAGAAAGAGGAAGUUUAAGUUAACCAAAUUUGAAAUUAUAUUUUGCAGCUUGUUUAGAUUGGAUGUGUGAAAUUAAGCACAUAGGAGGUCAUUGGAGCAAAAACACAUGAACACAGAUUUAGGUGACAAGGGUAUUUUUGCAUAGAAACUCCUGUCUAACCCAUUCUCCAAUGAGGUGAUUAAAUUAUUAAUUAUUGUUUUUUACUUUGCACCUGUCUCACCAAAAGAACUCUGGGCGACUUAAAAAGUUAAAAGCAACAAAAAAUACCAAUAUAUAUAGCUACAAAAUUACAAUACCUCUGAAAUAAUAAAAAUAAAAAUUCAUGGCAGAGGAAUAAUCAAAGUACAAAUGCAUGAUUUAGCAGGGGGCUUCCCUCUUCUCAGCCACUCUCACCCAAAGCCCACUGGAAGCCCCAGAGUUGAGUUAGGAUUGGAGUGGUUCUUCUUCCCCAUUUACAAACUACCACUAAUAUUUGACCAGAAAGGGAAAAGCCUCCUGUAACAAAUGCUCAAAUUUGGGGGUGGGGGCCUUUAAGAAUCAACUGUGCUACUCUUUAUUCUGAGUUUAGUUCUUGUCUUUUAGCAGAAGACCUAAACUGAAAACAUCGAUCUGAUUUUUAAAGAGCUUUGGAUGAUAAAUAAUAGUUUUAUUUUAUAAAUUCAAUACGUAAAGGAGAAAAGUAUAAUUCCUGUGUAAAACAUAUGCAAAUAGCUACUCUGAGAAAUCCAUUUAGUUAUCAUAUGAAAUUGAGAAUUUUUUUUAGCUUAUUCUCGAUCUUUAGUUAUACACAUUCUUGAUAAAUUGAUUACGGACCAUGAAAUGCGUAUUGAUUGAUCAGAUAGAUAAGAUUUUCUGCAAGAUAAUCUUUCACAGUUUCCAGAGGAGGAGCAUUUAAACAGAGUCAUGAAAAACGAAGGGAUCGGCGCCAGCUCCGUUAAGCAGAAACCCUCAGUCCUCUGCGCUCCCUUCUGCUCUAGCAACCCAGCAAACGAAGCGCCGGGAGAAACGCUUUACGCCUAGAGAGCAAGUCCCGUCUCCAGGAAGGGAGCAUAGAGGGAAGGAAGCUCUCUGCUCCAGCCAUCCUGCCGAAAUCCAGGGCGAGGCAGAGGGCGAGGCUUCCCCUCGUUCGCAGCCCCGGAUCCAACCUGCCUUUCCCUCCCGGAUUUCCAUCCUGCUUCAGUCUCUGCAUCUGACGGAGGCGGCUGCACUCACGAAGCUCUCCUUUUGCAAGGAAAGGUGUCAGCUGGAAAAGGAGCUACCAGCCGCCUUCCGACGUUCAGCCCCCGAUCCGUCCGUCCUGCGCUGGACCCAGAGACCAAGGAGAGCCCCACCUUUCAGCGGAGCCUCCCCGACUUCCAAGCAGGGCGCAGGACCCGAGCAGGAGCAAGCGGGCGAUGAAGAGGGGCGACGCCGAGAUGAUCGGUCCUUCUCUGCCCUUCGCAAGCAUCGCCGUCCCAGUCUCCGCUUCUACCGCCCGCCUUUUAGCGAACCCCACCCCCCUCCGAAGAAGAGCAGCGGAGCACACAUUCUGGAAGCCCGGAAAAGGAAAGUGCCUUUUGAUUUGCUUCUUUUACGUCCCCUCUAGGAAGCACAUAUCUCUCGUUCUAGGUCCUUGUUGAGCAGGCGUCUUCAGACUUGGGCCUUUUGACUGCUGGACUUCAACUCCCAGAAUUCCUCCGCCAACGUGCCUGGAGCACUCAGGUAAUUGGCUGGAAGCAUUUGCCGUUGCUUUCUUCAGGCGGCUAACGCCCGAGUCAGCGGAGUCCGAUUUCUGCCCUCCUGCCAACCGGAGAAGGGUUUCGGAGGGGCCGGGGGACAUUUCGGACCGUCUCGGACCUCUUUUGGCUGCCCUCGAGCAGGAGACCCGAUGGAGGCCCAGGGAUCUCCAGGGAUGGAGGCCGCCCUCAGCCCAGAGAUCCACCGCCGGCGCUUCCGCGGUCUCGACGGCUGCCGCCAGGAGGCCGAGGGGCCCCGGGAGCUUUGCAGCCGCCUGCACCGCCUGUGCCGCCAGUGGCUGCGGCCGGAGAGGAGCAGCAAAGGGGAGAUGCUGGACCUGGUGGUGCUGGAGCAGCUGCUGGCCCUGCUGCCCGCGGAGAUGGCGAGCUGGGUGAGGGAGUGCGGAGCCGAGAGCUGUUCGCAGGCGGUGGCCCUGGCCGAAGGCUUCCUCCUCAGCCAAGCCCAGCGGGAAGAGCCGGGAAAGGGGCAGGAGCCAUUUACAGAGGAGAUUUCAGCAGAGCUCUGGGGCAGAGAAGAUCGAUCCAGCUCUGUUCAGGACCUGUUUUUCAGGAGGACCCAAUUCUGGCCACCUUCCCAGAGCUCUGAUCCCUUUGAGGAGGUGACUGUGGACUUCACAGAUGAGGAGUGGAAGCUGCUAGAUUCUGGCCAGAAGGCCUUGUGCAGAGAAGUCAUGCAGGAGGUUUCUAUCAAUAUGGCUGCUCUGGAUGAGGUGUUUGUGAAUGAGAACGACAAGGAAGCAUGCAUGCCUCUAAAAACUAUGGAGAAUAACUCCUUCGCUGCUACUUCACCAAAGAAACUGUAUGGGAAAUGCAAACCACAUACUUCUGUAAUAUCUUUGGUGGAUUCCACCCUGAGCAGAAAGAGGAAAUGCUGCAUGCAGUGUGGAAAGAGUUUCAGUACGAAAAGUAAUCUUAAUGUCCACCAAAAGAUGCACACCGGGGAGAGAUCAUAUGAAUGCAUAGAAUGUGGAAAGAGCUUUAUCCGGAAAGAAAAUCUUAAACUUCAUGAGAGGAUCCACACUGGGGACAGACCGUAUAAAUGCAUGGAAUGUGGAAAGAGCUUUACCCAGAAAGGAAAUCGUAAUCUUCAUGAGAGGAUGCACACUGGGGACAGACCGUAUAAAUGCAUGGAAUGUGGAAAGAGCUUUACCCAGAAAGGAAAUCUUAAUCUUCAUGAGAUGAUCCACACUGGGGAAAGACCGUAUAAAUGCAUGGAAUGUGGAAAGAGCUUUACCCGGAAAGGAGAUCUUAAUCUUCAUGAAAGGAUCCACACUGGGGAUAGACUGUAUAAAUGCAUGAAAUGUGGAAUGACUUUUACCCAGAAAGGACCUCUUAAUCAUCACAAAUUGAUCCACACUGGGGACAGACUGUAUAAAUGUAUGGUAUGUGGAAAGAUCUUUACCCGGAAAGGAGAUCUUAAUCGUCACAAAAGGAUACACACUGGGGACACGUCGUAUAAAUGCGUGGAAUGUGGAAAGAGCUUUACCCAGAAAGUUGAUCUUAAUUGUCAUGAAAGUAUCCACACUGGGGACACAUCGUUUAAAUGUAUGGAAUGUGGAAAGAGCUUUACUCAGAAAGUUGAUCUUAAUUGUCACAAAAGUAUCCACACUGGGGACACAUCGUUUAAAUGCAUGGAAUGUGGAAAGAGCUUUACUCAGAAAGUUGAUCUUAAUUGUCACGAAAGUAUCCAUACUGGGCACAGACCGUAUAAAUGCAUGGAAUGUGGAAAGAGCUUUAUCAGGAAAGGACAUCUUAAUGAUCAUGAGAGGAUCCACACUGGGGACAGACCAUAUAAAUGCAUGGAAUGUGGAAAGAGCUUUAACCAGAAAGCACUUCUUAAUCGCCACAAAAUGAUCCACACUGGGGACAGACAAUAUAAAUGCAUGGAAUGUGGAAAGACCUUUACCCGAAAAGGACAACUUAAUAAUCACGAAAGGAUCCACACUGGGGACAGACCGUAUAAAUGCAUGGAAUGUGGUAUGACAUUUAACCAGAAAGGAAAUCUUAAUCGUCACAAAAGGAUCCACACUGGGGAGAGACCGUAUAAAUCAGUGGUUCUUAACCUUUCUAAUGCUGUGACCCCGUAAUACAGUUCCCCAUGUUGUGGUGACCCCAGGGACGUGGCCAAGUGGGCGUGGCCACCAUGUUAUGGUGACCCCCAACCAUAAAAUUAUUUUAGUUUCUAUUUCAUAACUGUAAUUUUGGUACUGUUCUGAAUCACAAUGUAAACAAUUAUUUGGAUGUGAUUUGAAGUUUGUGUAAUGAAUUGAAAUGAAGUAAGGUUUAACAUUGUUUCUUUUUUU